AUGGGUUUAUCAUUUUCAAAAUUAUUUGCUAACCUUUUUGGUAAUAAAGAAAUGAGAAUUUUAAUGGUUGGUUUAGAUGCAGCAGGUAAAACCACUAUAUUAUAUAAAUUAAAAUUGGGUGAAAUUGUUACUACAAUUCCAACUAUUGGUUUUAAUGUUGAAACCGUUGAAUAUAAAAAUAUUUCAUUUACUGUAUGGGAUGUUGGUGGACAAGAUAAAAUUAGACCAUUAUGGAGAUAUUAUUUUCAAAAUACUCAAGGUAUUAUAUUUGUUGUAGAUUCAAAUGAUAGAGAUCGUAUUGCUGAAGCAAGGGAAGAAUUACAACAAAUGUUAAAUGAAGAUGAAUUAAGAGAUGCAUUAUUAUUAGUUUUUGCGAAUAAACAAGAUUUACCAAAUGCAAUGAAUGCUGCUGAAAUAACCGAAAAAUUAGGUUUACAUUCAAUUAGACAAAGACCUUGGUAUAUUCAAGCUACUUGUGCUACUACUGGUGAUGGUUUAUAUGAAGGUUUAGAAUGGUUAUCAACUAAUUUAAAAAAAUCUGGAUAA